ACUUCCAGCAGUUUCCAUCGCCCCCUCUGCUCUAUAAAAACACAAAAGGGAUAAUGAGGAAGAUGAAGCGCAAGAAAGGAAUGAUUUUCGUUGAAGAAGCCUCGAGUUGUUUGUCGGAAUUUCAUCAACAGUUUGUAGAAGAGCUUAAUCAGCAUGGAAUAGAUGAGGCCGCCCCGAAAAAGAUCUUGGAGCUGAUGAUUAAUCCAGAUUUUACGAUUUUCGUCAGUGGAUCCACAAGGUUACAAUAUGCAAUUGGCAGAUUUAUAACUGUUGUAGAUAAUCCCCCGUCUCAUAAACGCCAAAAGGUCACAGGUGCCUUCAAUUUCAUGCUUAUUGAUUCAAUUUUGGUUCAAUUUCAUAUUACUUUUAUUUCUUAAAGGGUUGUUCACACUAGAAGAAAAAAAGGCUCACCUACCAUUGGUGUUAAUCAAACUCUUUUAAAGAUUCUAUAGAGAGAAACUAAAGUUUUCAAUGGCGACGUCGAAGCUACAGCCGCCUCUCUGGAAUCACCCUGCUGGCCCCAAAACCAGUGAGUCUUUUCUUUUAAAACUUUUUAUUUUGAUUUUAAUCAUGAUAAUUACAUGAAAUUAGGUUCUUUAGCUUUUAUUCGUUGAUAAUUUUUUAGGCAUUUUAUUCUAGAUGAUUAUCUGAUUUAUAUAUCCAUCGAUUGAACAAAUAUUAAAUUGAACUGCGUCUAUUGAUUUUGUUAUUGAGAAUAUGAUAUGGAGUAUAAUAGAUGUGCCACAGUUUGACUUCUAAGUCAAAGGUAAUACUUGUCAAUUGCGAAAUAGAUAGGGAUUUUGGUACCAUUUUCCCCCAAUUACUUAAACCCGAUUUAUAUUUUAAUAAUUUUGUUCUGGGUAUUAAUCAAUUUCAACCUUUUUUCGGCACCUUAUUAUUUCGCUUAACCACAUACGGAAGGGGAACAUGCUGCAUCCUCAUAAUCCCGUCUUUAACACUUUUAACUGUGAAACUACCCCGUCCAAAACCCACGACCACGUGUCCGGUUUAUUCGACAACCGCGGCUGUCCCAGCAACGCAUUAAGAUGCUGGACCUCGCUGAUUUCAGCCCCAUUUACCAACCUAGACGGUAGUGGAAGAAUGGUGGUUCGAUUCUAUUUUUUUGCUGGCGGUUAUGUUCUUGAUUUGCAACAUUUUUUUACAGAAGAAUCUGAAACGAAAGUGUGUAAUAAAAUUUUAGAUUGAAUAAUAGCAAUUUCAUUUUUGUUUA